CUCGCACUUGAUAAAUCCGUUCACACAUUUGUACGUGCCGACCACACAUUGUGUAGUGACCUUCCGUGAAGGUGAACUGUGGCUUUACAUCAUUUAGAGUUAUCCGCCCCUGCUCAGCUGACGAAACAACUGGAGGAAGCAAAGCGUCGAGACUAAAAUAGUGUCGGUUGUGUAAGCCGGGUUCAUAUAAUAACGGUGCGUUGCUGGAGUCAGACAUCUAAGGCUGAAGCUGUUGGAAAUACACAUUAUCAGCCGACUGCAUCAAGUAGUAAGUCAUUUUCUCUGCAUUGUGUGCAAUAUCAAACUGACAAGAUGGGCUCUCAAGGCACAGACAAGGUUUUGACUGUGGAAACACUAAACCCGAACGUCAAACUUAUGGAGUAUGCAGUCCGAGGACCAAUUGUAACACGGGCCAAUGAAAUCGAUCAAGAAAUAAAAAACGGAGCCAAAAAGUCUUUUGAAAAGGUGGUAAAGGCAAAUAUUGGCGAUUGCCAUGCAACCGGACAAAAACCGAUAACGUUUAUACGCCAGGUGCUUGCCUUGUGUACAUACCCGGAUCUGCUGAAUAGUCAGGAUUUCCCCGAGGAUGCUAAAAACCGGGCAAGGCGUAUUUUGGGUGGGUGUCGAGGAGCAAGCCUUGGGUCGUACAGUGACAGUGCAGGAGUGGCUGUGAUAAGAGAGGAUAUUGCCAACUACAUCACUCAGAGAGAUGGUUUUCCUUCAAAUCCUGAUGACAUUAUAAUGUCCACUGGAGCCAGUGAUGGAAUCAAGUCAAUCCUGACACUGUUGCUGACUGGAAAGGGUGGGAAUGAGCGAGCUGGUAUCAUGAUUCCAGUACCUCAGUACCCUCUGUACUCGGCGGCCAUUGCGGAGUACAAUGCCUACCCCAUCAAAUAUUACCUGGAUGAAGAAAAGCACUGGGGUUUGGAAGUCGAUGAAUUGAAUAGAGCUAUAACUGAAGCCAAAUCUCAUUGUAAACCAAGGGCGAUUGUCAUUAUUAAUCCUGGUAACCCAACAGGGCAAGUGCUGACCAAAGAGAACAUUCAGGCUGUAAUCCGAUUCGCUAAACAAGAAAACCUGUUUAUUUUGGCUGACGAGGUGUAUCAGCAUAACAUCUAUGCACAAGGCAGCGAGUUCUUCUCCUUCAAGAAAGUUCUCAUGGAAAUGGGACCUGAAUACAACCAAAUGGAGCUGUCAUCGUUCAUGUCGGCAUCGAAAGGCUUCAUGGGCGAGUGUGGCUACCGAGGGGGAUACGCGGAGGUCAUCAACCUUGACCCAGCUGUCCGUGUGCAGUAUCUUAAGAGCAUCUCUGCCAAACUGUGCCCACCUGUCUCAGGACAGGUCGUCAUGGAUGUGGUCACAAACCCUCCCGUACAAGGGGAGCCAUCUUAUGAACUUUUCAUUAAAGAAAAGGAGGAAGUUCUGUUGCUACUGAAGAAGAAAGCUCGCCUUGUGACCGAUACUUUUAAUUCUAUUGAUGGGAUCACAUGUAAUGAAGUUCAAGGUGCCAUGUAUGCCUUCCCACAGAUUUUCCUGCCCCCAAAGGCUGUUGAAGAAGCAAAGAAAAACAACCAGGCGCCGGAUGCGUUCUACUGUUUCAGUCUCUUGGAGGAGACUGGAAUCUGUACUGUUCCUGGGAGUGGGUUUGCACAGAGAGACGGAACCUACCAUUUCCGCAUAACCAUCCUACCUCCCCUUGAAGAGAUCGAACUGGUGUUGAAGCAUUUCCGUACCUUCCACCUGAAGUUCCUCGGGAAGUACAAAUAAACAGCUGAAUCAGUUCCAGAAAACACGAAGGGAAGUGGAAUGGUAUUCUUAUCAAUGAAGAUAUUUCGGGACUGCAAACUUGAGGAGCAAGCUCUGGAAAAUGAUUUUACAGACACUUCAGUUAGUUAGUGUGUGUAGCUGAUGUAACGCACCAAGGAAAUACUACAGUUUUAGGUUUAUUCAGAUGUCAUAUACAAGGUGGUCGCAUUCUCCAGUUACAUGGAGUUCUUCACUACGUGUGGGUUUAGGAUAUUUGUCAUAUUCAGACAUGAAUAAUUUAUAUCUACGACUGGUUCCUGGGAAAAACUUUGUACUUAUAUUCAUGUUUUUUUGUCUUUUUUUAAAAAGGGGUCAAUAUUUUCAUGUGUUGAAAUAUAACAAGGUUUAUAUAAAACAGCUUUGUUAUUGAAGUUAUUGAGGUUCUGUUUUUUUGUGGGUCGAUCAUUACAGCACGUAAAAAGAGAUAAUUAUCAAAGAUUUUAUGUUUUAGAUUUGAACACACGGAGUGCCUUGCGUAGUUAACAUUAUGUUCAUAGAGGCCACAUUGUUUGGUGCAAUUUAUGAUUUUAUGUAGUUUUUU